GGGGCGCUUGGUUGUGGAGACGGACGGAGGCCGUAGGCGGGGAAUGGAGCUGGAAUCGCUGCGGCCCAGCCCAAUGGGCAGUGAGGCUGAGGCGGCGUUCUCGUCCAGCGGCUCAAGCUCCCUUGGGGAAAUGGUUGAUUUAGCUGGUCGGGGGCUGGAGCAGGUGCCUGAACACGUUCUCGAAAGGACUGGCUUGGAGUAUUUGUAUCUGGAAGGAAAUUCUAUAUCUGAACUUUCUGAAGACUUCUUUCAUCGAUUACCAAAUCUUAUCUGGUUGGAUUUACGAAACAAUAAGCUCACAAGCCUUCCUCUUUCAAUUGGGGAUCACAGAUGCCUUAAAACACUGCUUCUUGAAGGAAAUCCUAUACAAAAGCUGCCAGUGGAACUCGGUAAUGUGACCUCAUUGAAGGCCCUGAAUCUUAGAAAGUGUCCAAUUGAGUUUCCUCCUGAUGGUGUUCUGCAUCAAGGAUUAGCAGCCAUUCUGGCCUUCCUCAAAACGCCUAGGGCAGUAGAAGCAGAGCCUACAGCAGAAUCUGCAUAUGCUACAGAAAUGCCGGUGAUAGAAAAACUGCAGCUGAAUGCACGAACGGAAUCAAGUUUAGAUUUCUCCAAUGAGAAGGAGCGGCAACAGUUCAAAAUACUGAAACAGAAACUAGCACAAGAAGAGAGAAGAGAAGGAUUUCUCCAAUCUAGAAAAGACCGGGGUGCAGGUUUCGUGUCAACUGUGCCCAGCAUUCUGAGAAAGGAAGAUUCUAAUCCAAAUACAAUAUUUCCAGCGUCAAAAGCUUAUGAUGUGUCCAUUCAGGCCAAGAGAAAGGAAGAACUUAGACUAGCUGCACUGAAGGAGCUCAAAGAAAAGCAAGCAUAUAUUGAACAGAGGAAAUUAGAUUAUAAAGUAUUGAAGAAUUGGAGGGAUAAAGCAAAGUUGAUGCAAGAAAAGAAAGAAAAAGAAAGAAUGCAAAGGUCUCCACAUCUAUCAGAAAAGAACAUGACAGUGAAGAAUGCACCAUUUGCUACAGAUCCAAACUAUUACCACGCAGUAAGAGUCAUUGAUGCAAAAAGAACACCUGUCCACAAAAAUAACCAAAAAGUGGAUUUUGAAAAGGAAGUGGAAGAAUUAAGAGCUGCUGAAGAUCGUGACUUGCAACUACGGAUCCAGCAGCAUAUUGAAUUGAUGCAAGCUAGAAGAAAACAACCAAAGGGAACACCACAAGAAGAAUUAGAGGCUGCAAAGAGAGAGUUAGAAGUUGCUGUAAAUCUGAAAUCGGAACUUGCAAGAAGAAAAAUCAUAGAUAAUCCACUGGAAAGUAAUUUUAAUGCAGUCACUGAAAAAAUUCCAUUUAGCAUUCCACCCAUUACCAGUUCCUAAAUUGGUAAUUCUGACAGUUCAAAUUGAUGACCUCACUACAGUUCACAAUGGAUGUGAGAUAAUUGGUAGUGUCAGGCAAGUUAAUAUUCACCAUUUAGAAUAAAUUAAAUCAAUGUUUUUCUCGAUAAAUUCUGUUUCAGCUUAUAAUUAUUUGACUGCAACAAGAAAUCAUUUGUUAUAAAACUUUUUAUUAUCUAUAUGUGCAAAUCUUGAAGCUCUUUUAUUCAUCUACCAGAAUAAAUAAUACUAUAUUUUGUUAAAAUGGUUAAUGAGUCUUUUUCUUGUUUUUUUUUCCUGUUCUUUCUUGAGAUGAAUAGCCAAGGCCAGCAAUGUUGGCUAUUCCUUAUUUCUCUUAAGAAGAAGUUGUUAAAGUGCCUUCCAAAAUGACUGGUCGUUCUGGUGAAGGGACUCUCAUAGUCUUGUUAGGUAUGGAGUUCCAAGAUUUAAUACAGCAAUAUUGAACAAAUGUUGCUGUCCCUAAGAUGAUGUGCUAACCUGGUGUUCAAUUUGGCAAAUAAUUUGCAACUGAUAGUGUUCUAAUGUACCUGUUGUCUUUGCCUGUAUAAAUAGUAUAACUUACUGAUCCGAGAACUGCUGUUGAAGUAGAUGUGUGAAUAACUACGUAUCUUUUGGAGAUUAUAUAAUUGCCACUAUGUUGCACUUAGGGUUAAAUAGAUAUCACCCUUAUGAACUUAUUUUUCAUGAAUUUUUAGAGGGCCUCAAGGGUUGGUGGAACGGCAUUAGUUCAGGUGUUACGUACCCGUGGCACGUGACAGUGGUACCCUUGUCACGUGACUGGGGUUGAAGCUAUACUGGACUUGAGGUAAUGGUCUUGUGAUGGUGGAGAGACGUCAUUUUCCCGCCAGUAGAGGUCAUGUGACAGGUUUUUUUUACAGGGUAUAAAAGGAGGACCCCUCCCUGUGAGGAGGGGCAGUUCGUGGCUGUAUUUGCCAUGUUGACUUCAUGCCACUGCGUGAUUUAACGUUAUGACACAGUUUAGUUGAAAGAUGAAGUUUUAUCUAAUGCCUAAAGUUUAAAAGGUCAUUGCCAGCAGUUUCUUUAUAACACUGCUAGUUGAGAGUCAGUGGAGAGUGAAGAUCGGAGUUUGGGAGUUGAAAGAUCGAGGAGAAUCGAUUUCAACGGUGUAACAGGUUCGACCUUGUUUGAUCCUCAUUCGGAAGGAAUUUGUUGACUGUUCUCAUGUUAAUCCCUGUGAAAUAGCAGAAAGGAUUGGGAACAGUUUUGUAAAGGAAAGGUCAGUGCCUUUAAGCCGGUCCAUUUGUCCAUCUACGUAAAUUCUUCAUGGGAAAAGUUCAAUUUGGGAACCGAAGCAACACGAUGUGAAAGAGAAUUUAAAUCAUCUUAAAAAGUCUCUCCCUUAAAUGGACUGUAAGCAUUUUGAACUUUUGCAAUACUACUUUGAAGAACUGUUUAAGCUGCCUUGCUUUAAGAACUGUUUAAGCUGCCGCACAGCAGCUGAUUUCCAGUUAUGUGAGUGGUUUGUUUACUUUUGGGGGGGUUUGUUUUCAGUGUUUAAUAAACAUGUUAUU